AUGCUACAAGAAAAUUUGUUGGACAUCAGCACAAAUUGUGGAAUUGAAGAAAAAUUAAUUGAAGAAGCCAACGGUUCAGCUGAGAGCCAGAGUGAUAUUGUGCCGCAUGAAAAUUUGUUAGACAUCAGCACAAACUGCGAAAUUGAAGAAAAAUUAAUUGAAGAUAAGAACUUCAACAGACACUUAACCCUAGCAAUGUUUACUCGAUCCUUAUCUAGUGGACAAAAAUGUAAUAGAAAAUGGCUUCUCUAUUCACCUAGUCAAGGAUCUGUUUAUUGUUUUGUUUGUAAAUUGUAUGGAAGUUAUAGAGAGAAUCCUUUUAUUUCUGGUGAUUUUGAUAAAUGGAAAAAAUCUGAACGGAUUGGCGAACAUGAAAAUAGUCAACAACACAGAAAUGAUAUCAAUAAGUGGUUAUUAUGA